GUUGUAAAUGACUUGAAACCUGAAAGUGAACAUGGGACAUUUUGAUCCAGACAGGACAGAAUGGUUGCAAACAUACCUGCAAAAUGAUUAUGUUUAUAAAAGGGGCGUGGUCAAUAGAACAGCCAUUCAAGGUUCCAUCCAUCCAUCCAUUUUCUGAGCCGCUUCUCCUCACAAGGGUCGCGGGCGCGCCGGAGCCGACCCCAGCUGUCAUCGGGCAGGAGGCGGGGUACGCCCUCAACUGGUUGCCAGCCGAUCGCAGGGCACAGACAAACAAACAACCAUCCGCACUCACAUUCACACCUACGGGGCAAUUUAGAGUCUUCAAUCAACCUACUACGCGUGUUUUGGGGAUGUGGGAGGAAACCGGAGUACCGGGAGAAAACCCACGCAGGCACGGGGAGAACAUGCAAACUCCACACAGGGGAGGCCGGAUUUGAACCCAGGUCCUCAGAACUGUGAGGCAGAUGUGCUCACCAAGUCGUUCACCGUGCCGCCAAGAAAGAAAAUCAUACUCCUGAAAUGUAACGAUCCUUUUUUAAUGUACUUAAGUAGGCACAGACAUGUACUACAAUACAUUUUGGGGUUUAAAAUUGGAAAUGUUGUCUCCAGCAUCACAUUGAGCAAUGUUUGUCUCGCUUCAAUAAAGAUUUGACCCCUUCCAACAUAUUUCCUUUCCACAUAGUAUUUGAGUACAGUAGAUGAUCACAAGCUAAGUAGACUAAUAAAUAAUAAACUAUUGUACAGGGUUGGCCAAAAGUACGUAUACACUUUCAAAUGUUGUUGUUUUAUUAUAUUUACACUAUUUAUUUCAUACAUUAAACACAGCUUAAUCUCUUAAAUGCUCGAAAUGUCCUCCUUCAACACUGCAACAUAGCUCAAACUUUUGUACAACACUGCGACACACACAACUGUAGUACCCGGUAUGAAAUGAGCGUGGUAUGGUUCCGAAAUAGAGUUUUAAGGCAAGUCGGAGGGUUAGCUUUUCAGAAGGGGUUUUCGAGCGAGGGGUGGGGUUUCAAAGUCGCGUUUCAAAAUAGGGUUUCUCGCCAGGGUUCAGGUUUCAAGUUAGGGUUUCCAGGGUUUUGAAUUCUGGCUUUGAAAUCGGUUUCAUUUUUAAAAAAGGGUUAAGGUUUCAAAUUAAGGUUUCAAGGCCAGCUUUAGCGUUCCAUGUUCGGGUGUGGGUUUGUUCGUGUGUUGACGACCCGGUGGUGGUUCCUUCCUCCCUUCUUUCCUUCCCUCAUUUUGUCCUUCCCGUCUUCCUUCCAUCCUGCCUUCCUUCCAUUUUCAUGACAUCCUUCCUUCCUUUCAUACGAUCCUUGUUUCCUUCCCUAAUUUCAUGCUUCAAACCAUCCUUCCUUCCUUCCUUCCUUCCUUAUUUACUUCCACUCUUCCUUCAAUCCUUUCUCCCUUCCAUGCUGUUGUUGUUUCCUUCCCUCAUUUCUUCCUUCCCCACUUCCUCCCUUUCAUAGGAUCAUUGUUUGCGUCCCUAUUUCUGACUUCCUCCCUUCUUACCUCUCAUCCUUCCUUCCUCACUUCAUUCUUUUCAUCCUUCCAUCAUUUAAACUCCCCCUCUUCCUGACAACCUUCUUUCUUUCCUCCCUCCAGGCUAUUUAUUUAUGUAUUUAUUUUUACAUAUUGUAGGACUAAACGUAUAAAUACACCGCCUGCCAAUGUACAUUCACGUUGGAUUUAUUUAUUUGAAAAAAGACAAAUGGAAAAACAAACAAAACAAAAAAGCGCCGCUUUUACCGUAAUGGUGGCAAAACGGUCGCUCUCCAAAAUGGCCUUGCGUCCAUAGUAACGCCAGUAUGCUCGACACUCGGGUUACCGGGAAGUACAGGAGUCGAUUUGUGCGCGUGUUCCUGUGAAACUCCGUCACGGGGGCGUCCAAAGCAGCUCACGUUGAAUGCGGAAGGCUUGUUGCUCGGUUGACGGUCUCCAGGAGAUGAAGUCGUUAAUGUUGGGCUUGACGUUCGUUCGACAUGGAGAAACCCAGUUCAAUAAAGAGGGCCUGCUACAAGGGCAGGCCAUAGACUGUCCAUUGUCUGAGGUGGGAUUGCAGCAGGCCGAGGCUGCAGGUCGCUACCUGACGGAUGUCAAGUUCUCCAACCUAUUUGUCAGCGACAUGCUACGAGCGCGACAGACUGCUGAAACCAUUGUGAAACAUAACAGUAGUUGCGCUGGUCUACAGCUGGCGUGUGACCCUCUGCUUAAAGAGAAAAGCUUUGGGAUAGCAGAGGGCAAGCGAGUGCAAGACGCAAAAGAUAUGGCCAAAGCAGCUGGUCAGUCCUUCGCAAUCUUCACUCCACCUCAAGGGGAGACUCAAGAGCAGGUGAAGCAGCGCGUCAAAGAGUUUUGGCUCAAAAUGCUCCGACAAGUCUGGCGCGAACACAGAGGCGACAACGGGCGCUCUUCGGCACCUUACGUGGCCGGCGAAGAGGCGGACGACCUGCCCGUCCACGCCCUGGUGGUCUCCCACGGGGCCUACCUGUGCGUGACCAUGCGCUUCCUCGUGGACGAUUUACACUGCCCCGUUCCCGACGGCUGCAGCAGAGCACGCAUGUUCUCUUUGAGUCCCAAUGCGGGCGUGAGUCGCUUUGCGCUCACCCUGACGAAAGAGGACGAGGCGUUCAAAGUGUCUCACAUUCAAUGCUUGUUUGUCAACAAGGGUGAUCAUGUUCAAACAUAGCCAAUGGCUAGCCACUAAAACAUGAUGGAAAGCUCGGGAAAACUACUAUUUACGAUUAAAGCCACACUGACCAGAGAAACAAUUAUGGAGAAAAUAAGUUUUACAAGGACAAAAAAAAUCUAAUCGUCAAGAUUCAAGUCAGGAUUUUAACAAGUGAAUGUCAACAAACCCUUUGAGGUUGAACAACCUUAGAGGGUAGAAGGAACUUAACCACUGCUGUUUAGUAUUAGAACUUGAAAAAGUGUCCCUGACGAAACGCUCGCAUCUUCUCACGCAAACUCUGCAGGAUCUUUUUAUAGAUGCGUCAGUUGAUCGUCUAUUCUUAACUUGUCACACUAGUUGGGAUACUUUUUAGAACAUUUAACUCCCCUAACAUUUCAACUUUUUCCCGUAAUCUUUACUUCAUUCUUGUAAUAUUUCACCUUUAUUCUCACAAUAUACAUUCACUUUUCUUUUUCCUCAUAAAUUACUGAAUUUUGUAAUGUCUUGACUUAGUUGAAAUAUGGGUUGUUGUUGUUGUUUUUUUUUCAAUUAAAUGACGAGAAUAGAAUAUGUAUACAUUGAGAAUGAUCUCCUAAAAUCCUACUUUGUUUUCAUUAUAUCAUAGUAAUUUUUCUUUUUCUUUUCAGUGUGGCACAGAUUAGUCAAUAAAUCACACCAUGCUCUAAAGUCCAGGCAAGUUCUUUUCCAUCCAACUCUCCCAAACGUGGCUUAACCAGUCUGGCUUGGUGCACACAUUUGAUUUUAUUAUUGAUCAAGAGCAGCAAUCAACUGUACGUCUCGAGAUGUAUCGAACGCUUAAAUUAGACAAAGACAGAGCAAAAUCAAUGAAGGCAUACUUGGGUGAAUUUGGGGUGGAACAACUGGACUGGUGGCCCAUCAAACACCCAUGGUAUGUUCUGACAUUUUCACUUACUGCACUAUGUAUCUCAAUACUUUUGGGCACCCCAAAUAAUAUUAAACUUAUGAAACCA